UUUCAAUUUAUUUUUAUUUAUUUAUUAUUAGUUUGUUUUGUUUUUUUGGCGAAAGUGCGUCUCCAGUGUCUGACCUGAAUGUCUAAACUACCAGGAAAUGCCGGUGUGUCGGUGCUCGGGGACAAGUCGCUGGAGUUUUACCGGGACCCGGUGAGCUUCUGCCAGCAGCGGAUAGAGAAACACCGGAGCAGAGUGUUUCAGUGCCGCAUGCUGAACAGACCCACCGCUUUCGUGUGCUCCGUGCAGGGGAUGAGAGAGCUUCUCUGUGAGAAGUCCAAUGUGUUUCUGAAGGAUCCAACUGAUUUGAUGACAAAAGUGUAUGGAGACACUGUAGUCACCACGAACGGGGAGGAGGCAUGUCUUCUCCGCCUGUCCCUCACCAGCCUGUUCACAGGGAGCUGUUUGCAAUCAUCAAAUGAUUACAUCACCAGUGUGUGUGAGCGCUGUCUGAAGGACCUCUCUCUCAGUGGCCAGCCGCAGUGUGUGUACUCUACCUUUAAACGUCUGGGGACGGAGUUGGUGUUGGGCCUUUUUCUAAAUGUUCGAGCUGAGGAGCAGCCAGAACUUUUUGAGGAAAUCAUGCAGCUCUGCACCGAGCACUGGCAUGGUCUGAUCUCUGCUCCGGUCAACGUGAAGGUUCCUCUGUGGUCGUCUGGUUUCUCCACUGCUCUGGACGCCAGAGACAAACUGAUGGACAUCAUCAAAGACAAACUGGAGAAUGACACACAGGGUUUCGUCGGUUCCCUCGGUUCUUUGCCGCUGCCGGACUCCAGUUCUGCCUCCCAGCAUCUCCUGCUCUUCAUCUCCGCUCUGAUCCCCAAAGCUCUGGCAUCGCUGCUCACCUCCUUCACUCUGGCACUCAGUGAUAAAGAAAAGACCCGUCGGCGAGCGAUGGAAGACAGUGAUUAUCUGCGCACAGUGCUGCUGGAGGUUCAGAGACUUUGGCCUCCUUUCAUUGGUGGACGCAGAAUAGCUGAUCAGGACUCCACACUCGCAGGGUUUCAUGUCCCAAAGGAUUAUGGUGCGAUCUAUAUCAGCCACUCCGUCCACCGCGACCCAGAGGUGUUCCAGGAGCCGGACAACUUCCUGCCGGAGAGAUGGAGCGGAAGGAAUGCAGGCCAGGAGCACUUCCUGUGUUCCUUCGGCAAUGGGCCCAGAAGCUGCAUUGGAACUAAACUCACUGAAGUCUUCCUUAAGGAAGCAUGCACGUACCUGCUAAAGCACUACGACUGGUGUUUGGACCCUCCAUCACAGGACCUUGAGUACAAAUGGCUGCCUGUGUCUCGCCCCGCCAACCCCCCCACCAUCUCCUUCACCCGACUGGAUCAGACCAGAUCUGACAGGAGCGACACCAACUAGGGAUGCACAGUAUGUUUAGCAAUAUACCUGCAGAUAAGUUGUUUUUUUUUGUUUUUGUUUUUAAAGGUAGAAGCACAAAACAUUUUAGCUAGCUAGAGGCCAAAUAUGCCUGUCUAGAAUGUGCAGAACAAGCUGGAAAAAAAUGCAAAGACGUAGAGGGAAGCCAGCAAACUGUGAGGCUUUCCCCCUCUGCGUAUAAUACAGUAAUCGUCCUGGGGAAAGCAGAGGAGUGUGCUGGUUUCACUCUGUGUUCCUCUGCCAGAUAUUCUGCAGCUUUGCUUGAUGAAUCUGCAACAGAAGACAAAAUAAGUGACUCAUAAUCUUUCCUCCACAGCUGAAUCUGACACUGCUAGACAGCAUUUUGGGUCUGUUUUUUUCACUGAGUCAUUUAUCAGAGUUUAAAAAGAUACCCAACAUGAAGCUCUUUGCAUCACAAAACCUGUCAAAUACACCUUUCUUUUAUCCCACGGUGGAGUUAACUGUGAACAGAAGUUACCUACAAAACCUCAGCUUAUAUGUGGUAAAAAUCAAAUUUUUCCCACACUGCAGUAUCAAUAUUUAAACCCAAUAAAUCCAAGAGAACACACA